CUGAACGGUACUUGUGUAGAACGAGUGAUCCCUGGCAACAGUUGCAUGAUCGAGGAGCAAUGCUUGGACGAAUCGAACUGCAUCAAUAGCGUUUGCCUUUGUCCGUUUGGGACCAGAAAGCUGAACGGUCAUUGCGUUCCGGUGAAAGCGUCACUGCACUGUAAGGCCACACAACUGGAAAUUGAUGACGAAUGCUUGGAUUAUUCGAAACCAGGUGGUAGUUGUGUCGUUAAUCAGCAAUGCCUAUCCAUGUCUACAUGUCCCAAAGGUUUGUUUCUAUGA